AUGGGUCUCGACGAGCACGAUAACGAACUUAUCUUUGAGACAAGUGAGGAUGUGCAAGUACUGGACAGCUUCGAUGCUCUUGGCUUGAAAGAGGACCUUCUCCGUGGUAUCUACCAAUACGGUUUCGAACGGCCCUCUGCGGUCCAACAGCGCGCCAUUCUGCCUAUCGUUAAGGGAAGGGACGUCGUAGUACAGAGUCAGUCUGGUACUGGUAAGACUUGUGUCUUCGCCUUGGGAGCCUUGCAAACCGUGAAGCCCACCGAGAGGGACCCUCAAGUUCUCAUCCUUUCCCCUACACGCGAGUUGGCCGAGCAAAGUCAGAAGGUUUGCCUGGCCCUCGGUGACUAUAUGAACGUUCAAGUCCACUGCUGUGUUGGUGGUAAGAAGCUCACUGAUGACAUUCGCGCUCUGGAGGCCGGCGUCCAUAUCGUCUCGGGCACCCCUGGACGAGUGUAUCAUAUGAUAUCCCAACGUCAUCUUUCGACAAGGCAUCUCAAAAUGCUGGUCUUGGAUGAAGCCGAUGAGAUGCUGGACAGAGGCUUCAAGGAGCAGGUUUACGAUAUCUAUCGUUAUCUCCCUCCGAGCACUCAAUGUGUUCUGGUAUCGGCCACCAUGCCUAACGAGAUCCUGGAGAUGACCAACAACUUCAUGAACAACCCCUUUAGGGUUCUCGUUAAGCGUGAUGAGUUGACGCUAGAAGGUAUAAAGCAGUUCUUCGUUGCUGUCGAGAAGGAGCAGUGGAAAUUCGAUACCCUUUGUGACCUGUACGAUACUCUGACCAUUACACAGGCCGUCAUAUUCUGCAAUACUAAGCAGAAGGUCGAUUGGCUGACCAACAAAAUGAGAGAGGCCAAGUUCACCGUUGUUUCUAUGCAUGGUGAUAUGCCUCAGAAGGAGCGUGAUGCUAUCAUGCAGAAGUUCAGAUCUGGCCAGGCCCGUGUCCUGAUCACCACCGAUAUCUGGGGUCGUGGUUUGGAUGUACAGCAAGUGUCUCUGGUCAUUUGCUACGAUUUGCCCAAUAAUCGUGAAUUGUACAUUCAUCGUAUCGGCCGAUCGGGUCGUUUUGGUCGUAAGGGUGUUGCCAUUAACUUCGUCAAGGAAGAUGAUGUUAGGAUUUUGAGGGAUAUCGAACAAUACUACUCUACGCAAAUUGAUGAGAUGCCGAUGAAUGUUGCCGAUCUCAUCUAAGGAGAAAUGGUGAUAGCCAGAAGGUCUACGUCGUGUUAUUAUCAUUGGUAGUAAAAUAGAGGUGGUAUUAUGAAGAGAAAAGACACUCAGUAAUCUACUCUUUUCCC